AGAGGGGCGUGUCUCCAGCCACAUGGAGUCAAGAGUGUUUUACUCCAAUUCCAGAGAUAUAUGUAUACCCUAUCUGUAUAAAGCCUGACAAGAGAUGCCUGGUAUAGUCAAAGUGAAGGUUCUGUCAGCUCGUGAUCUGCCCAUCAUGGACAGGAGCAGUGAGCUGACUGAUGCUUUUGUGGAGUUGCGACUGGGCGAGACCUAUGAACGCACUCGUGUGUGUCCCAAAACACUCCAUCCAGUCUGGAACAGCUCAUGGUUUAUGUUCCAUGUGAGUGAUGAGGAACUCCAGGACGAGCCCCUGCAAAUCAAACUGUUGGAUCACGACAUGUACACUUCACACGAUGCUAUCGGCAAGGUCUAUAUUCGACUGGACUCUCUGACUGGUGGAGUGAACUCCAUGGACGGGUGGUUCCCUAUAUUCGACACUCUGCAUGGCAUUCGUGGGGAGGUCCAUCUCAUGGUGAAGGUUGAGGUGGUGGCUGACCAGCACAGACUAAAGCAGUCCUCAUACGGGGUCACAUUCUUUGCUUGUCCGAGUGUUCCAUCGGGCUAUAGUGUGGCGAGUAUCCACGGCUUUGUAGAGGAGCUGGUGGUCAACGACGACCCAGAGUAUCAGUGGAUAGACAAGAUACGCACUCCAAGGGCUUCUAACGAGGCUCGACAAAGGCUCUUCUCAAGGCUGUCAGGUGAGCUGCAACGCAAGAUAGGAGUCAAGACGCUGGAGGUGGGAGGCAACUCUGUCAUUGGGUACAGACAGCGCUUUGACCUUGAGGGGGAGAGUGGCAUUGUUGUUCGAGGCAUUGGAACAUGUGUGCGUCUUGUGAUGGGACCAUCACUCGCUGUACAACUACCAGCUGGGCUGCUUGAGGAUAGCUCACCUCAUCACGGUGGAGACCAGUCACUGUCUGACUCUGACGCCCCCCCAUCACCCACCAAGAUCAUCACUCUGGCCCCUGACCCAGUGACAGGGACAUCUACCAGUAGCACUGAACUCCACCCAUCAGCACCACGUCCCUCUUCUGAGUUUCCGUUCUUCACUGUGUCCUGUCUGCCGCCGGGCAUGUUGGUGUCUUUAGGGGGUGUAGUUUCAGCCCACUCAGUCAAACUCCUGGACAAGAUUAACAAUCCCGAGGAGCCAGUGACAAGGGACGCCUGGUGGGUGGAGCUACGAAAUGAGAUCCGGCAACACAGCAGAGCUAUGAACUGCAACGCUGUGAUUGCCUAUUCCGAGUCAACAACCAUCUGUGACAAUCUGUGUGUGUUCACUGCGUGUGGUACUGCAGCAAGACUGGCCACUCAGAGACUACCAACAUCCCCGGGGGCCAAUUCUCAAGGCAUAGAGGAGUCUGAGAGAAGGUGUGGUCCGUGCCACGCCCCCUACACCACCCUGCCCUUUACAGGGACCCUCAGCCAAUGCAGCGUGUGUCAUGGUCAACCGGUUCCUGCCGUACUAGUGUCUACCACGGAGCUACCACCGGGAUUGAGUGUACGGGGGAGAGGAGGACUAGUACAAGCCACAGCGGUGCAGGCUAAGAAGAAACUCAAGGGAGACGAAAAUGCUAGACAAGUCGGCCAGAUCCUGCCAUUCCUGGAGGUCUCGCUUCACGAACGCAUGUUGAACAAACUUCGACUGCGAGGAAUGAACGCUUUGUUCAAGUACAAGUUACUCCUGAACAUCGGGGAUUCUCUUAUACUGGGGAUUGCAGUGGGUACUGGAGUGUACCUUGAGGCACUGCCUUCUCCCCCCAGGCCUCUAGUUACAGGAUUGGAGGCAGGCCAACGAGAUGAGUAUCAGUCAAUGCUAUCAAAGACAGGCGAUCACUACAGACGACUCUAUGGCCUGGAGCAGCAAUCGGCUCCCCCUGCUCAGACAGAAGGUGUGGAGGCGGAGGGAGGGGCUGUUACCAUGGUGCUGCCGCUGUCUGACUCGGUAGUGAAACCCGAGAACCUAACAGACAUCAUCUCUGAUCGUCGCCUCCCCACUGGUGUUCAUCUGAGCACGACAGCGGAGGUACCCGGACUAGUGCAGCUGCAGCGGCCACUCGACACCAGGACUGUAACCAUGGUAACUAAAGUGGUGUCUGAGGGUCACGGACGCAGCGUCUCAAAGUUGUUCAAUCGUCUGCUACAGAGCCUGGCUUUCAGGGUGCGUCAGUUGCGACCGUGUGCCCUCACUAACCUUACCUACGACAUUGACCUCCCAGAGGACAACGAGUUACAGGUGGCUGUAACUGUGGCCGUGAGUCGACUAGGAGAGCACACCUCUGUACUCAAGACUGCUCAGUCUGAUGAGCUCCUCUUCGACAUGGAGGGCUCUACCGAACCCUCAGAGCCACCAACUGAAGAGAGUAGUGUUCACAGCAGCUCGUUGCCCUCUCUCCCUGGUUACAAGGUGACACGCUAUCUUGGAAUCAUCAAUCUAUUCCUCAUACGAGAGAGUACCUAUGUGGGAGAGAGAACAAGAGCCAACUCGUUCCUCCAUGUGUUCAUGCUGGAGGCACUGUCAGUAGCGCGGGCCCACGUUGCUGCCCUAGGGGGAAACGCUCUCCUUAGCUACCGACUCAGUGAAGUGGUUUUCAUAGAGCACCCACAGAAAAGCCAGGCUCAGUGCUUACUCAACCUCAGUGGAGAUGCAGCCAUUGUGACGGCUAUCACAAAGCAAUCUAGUCAGAACCCUAAACAGUCAGGAGCUGCACUUUGAUGUUUUAUUGUGUGUGUUUGCACAAUUUUUCAAUUAUUUGUACAAACAUUUUGGUAUUUGUCUAAUGAAAUUACCAAUAAACACG